AUGACAACGACACCACCAAGUCUCCCAUUCGAUCCAUUCACCCAGAAUCUCACCUUCCACCUACCAAAUGGCGGUGAUCUCCAAGUUUCAGUAAAAGCCCUGGACAUCUUCGUCAUGUACAAUGUCCGGGUGUGCAUCAAUUACGGUUGCCAGUUUGGGGCCUCGUUCACCUUGCUGCUGAUUCUUCUGCUUUUGACCCAAUCCGACAAGCGCCGUUCGGCUGUUUUUAUCAUGAAUGGCCUAGCGUUGUUCUUCAACAGCGGACGUCUGCUUUUUCAAGUUAUCCAUUUCUCCACUGGAUUUGAACAAGUAUACCCAUUCGUGUCUGGCGACUAUUCGACAGUCCCAUGGACUGCGUACGCUGUUUCCAUUGUGGCUGUCGUUCUCACUACCCUAGUCAUCGUCUGUAUCGAAGUAUCACUUGUGAUUCAAGUCCAUGUGGUUUGCUCUACACUAUCUCGUCGAUACCGACAUCCUAUCCUGGUGUUAUCUAUCCUGGUCGCCCUGGUGCCAAUCGGUUUUCGCAGUGCGUGGAUGGUUGUGAACUGCAGUGCCAUCGUUUCACUCGUCUACCUGGAAAAAAUGUGGUGGAUAGAAAGUGCAACCAACAUAUGCGUCACGAUCAGUAUCUGCUUCUUCUGUGUUAUUUUUGUCACCAAACUCGGAUUCGCCAUCAAACAGCGCCGCCGACUCCGGGUGCGCGAAUUCGGUCCGAUGAAAGUCAUCUUCGUCAUGGGCUGCCAGACCAUGGUUGUCCCGGCCAUCUUCUCCAUUAUCCAAUACUACAUCACUGUGCCAGAACUGGCCUCCAACGUGGUGACCCUGGUCGUUAUCUCACUCCCACUCUCGUCAAUCUGGGCCGGCGCCGCCCUCGACCACGCACGACGUUCCGGAAGCCAAGAUCAUCAACGCCGACGUAAUUUAUGGCGGUCUCUUGUCGGUGGCGCUGAAAGUAUACUGUCUCCCACAAAGGAUAGUCCAACGAGCCUAUCGGCCAUGACUGCUGCGCAAAAUCUAUGCUACUCGGACCACACCGUGAGCAAGGGCUCAAACAACUCGCGGGACACUGAUGCUUUCUAUGGAAUAGCAGUUGAACAUAAUAUUUCGAUCGAUCGAGUACAAAGGAACAAUUCAAUGGUCUGA